UUGUUUUGUUUCAUUGAAACAGGGCUUCACUACGUAGCCCUGGCUGUCCUGGAAUUCACUCUGUAACCAGGCUGACCUCGAAUUUAUAGAGAUCCGCCUGCCUCAGUUUCCAAAGUGCUGGGACUAAAGGCGUGCGUCACCGUCCCAGGACUUUAGAAACUCCUCCUGGAAGUGAGGGUGAGAAAAUUCAUAGUUAGAGCAGGACGCCAAAGUUGAGUUCACAGAAGACUGAAUCUACUCGAACCCGUUCCUUCUGGAGUGAAUAGGUGUCAGUAAGCUUGUGACUUUGGAGUGUAACGAACGAUACAGAAAACCAGUGAUUUACUCCUCCCUGGACCUGGCCUUGUGCUUGAAGCUCUGUGGAGAGGAUGGCUGUUCUUCUGAACAGGUUGAUGCUACAAACCUCAAUUGGAAGAUGUUUCAGAAAACACAUUGUGAAGCCAGCCCCGGCACAACUGCCCCUGACUGCCUCCACCCCGAAGCUCUCGUACCUGAUUUUUACAAAAGGCUUUAGUACUGCCGAAGACAGCCAAGGGGAGAAGAAACAGAAAAGGAAAGAUGCUUUCACUAACACUGGAAGGAAAAUUAGUGAGCGGAUUAUCCGCGUCCUGGAUGAGAAAGGCAGUGACCUGGGGAUGAUGCACCGAGCGGAUGUAAUCAGACUCAUGGACCAGCAGGACUUGAGGCUGGUGAAGAAGAACACCAGCUCAGAGCCACCGGAGUACCAGCUCAUGACCGGAGCACAGAUCCACCAGGAGCGGCUAAGGCUGCGGGAAGACGGAAAGGCCAACCCCAAAACUGGACCAGCUGUGAUAAAGGAACUCGUUUUUUCUUCAAAUAUUGGACAGCAUGAUCUGGACACAAAGAGUAAACAGAUUCAGCAGUGGAUUGAGAAAAGAUACCACGUUCAAGUCACAAUAAAGAAGAAAAGUGCUGACCAGCCGGAGAAUGAGAUGGAUGAGAUACUGAACCAGAUUCUCCAGACUAUGCCUGGACUAGCAACCUUCUCAAGCAGACCGAAAGCUGUCAGGGGAGGAACCGCCUCCACAUGUGUUUUCCGCCCCUUGAGCAAGAAAGAAGAGAAAGCGUACAGAGACUCUCAAGAGGCUGAGAGAAGGGACACUUCGAACAAAGACCACAGGACCAAGGAGUCAGACGUUCUGUGUCAGUGAUUUUAAUAAACAAAAUCCAGGCUCUGCA